AUGGCGACUGUGUGCCGAUCUACCUACAGUUGUCGAAUAAGCAGGCGCAACCAUAAUACAUUAUUGCACUUUGAGAAGGCAACAGGUCCGACGGAAAGAGUUGAAGGUCAAGCUCAGCAGUUAGAUGUACAAAAGCAACCCAACUCGUCACAAGACUCAAAUAUUUCAGCAGCUGCUUCAUUUGUGGAUAGAUCAGAGCAAGGAUACGUGUUUUUGUCUACUGCGCUGAUCCUAGCAGGCGACAGGUUCAGAAAUCAGAAAAAGUGCAGAGCAGUUUUGGACAGCGGAUCACAAGUGAAUUUUAUUUCAGGAAACUUGGAAAAUAAAUUACAGCUACAAUCCAAAAAGUCAUCUCUACCGGUGAGCGGAAUUGGAGAAAGCCGGGUCCAAGCGUUGUCGUACGUUGAAGUUUCAAUUCAGUCAAGAUUAAAGAAUUAUAGAGUAAAAUUAGUGUGCUAUGUUCUCCCAACAAUUGUCAGUAAACUACCAGCAUGUCCAAAUCCCUCAAAGGGUUGGCAGAUUCCAGAAGAAUUACUAUCUGAAUUAGCAGAUCCCUUUUUUUACAAUCCUGGUUCUGUAGACUUGUUAAUCGGCGGAGGAGUAUUUUUUGACAUAACUUCAACUACAACUGGACGAAGACCAUUAAAUGUAAAAAAUAUAUGUUUGAACGACAGUCAGUUUGGAUGGCUAGUCACUGGUGAGCUAGGAAAGGUGUGCUUAGCAGGAAUUCGUACGGUAGGAGAAACACUAGAAGAGAAUUGGAUGACUGACAGCGAGGAGUCAUGUUUUGGACGCUUAUCCAAAACAAACCAACGUUUCCAAGAAGAGGAAGAAACACUACAACACUUCCGUGAUACGUUUCAGCGCGACCAAGAUGGCCGAUUUGUUUUACGUUUGCCAAUAAAGGAAGAACACAGAAGUUUGGGCAAUAGCCUAGCAAUGGGAACCUCAAGAUUUAUAAACAUCGAAAGAAGACUACAGCGUGAUGAUCACUUGCGAAAAGAGUACACAAAUUUCAUGACAGUGUAUAUAAGCAUGGGCCAUAUGCACGAAGUGAACGCAUCACAGGAUGCUUGUUAUUUGCCACAUCACCCAGUCAUAAAAACAUCGAGCCUAACCACUAAGACUAGAGUAGUCUUUGAUGCUUCGUCUAGAACGUCAAACGGCACCUCACUCAAUGAUGUGCUGAAGCGUGGUCCGACCGUACAAGACAUUAUUUCUAUUCUGACAAGAUUUCGGAAACAUCAAUAUGUAUGA